UUCUGCGGUGAUUUGAAGUUCCUUUAUGAAUAAAUACUUGAAACAUUUCCAAAAAACAGUUCCUCUCUGCAUAAAUAGUGGCUACACAAACACAGAUGAGGAACACAACACAGUCCACCACGGGAGAGAAACUAGUGUUAGAUUAUUGACACUGAAACUGUCAUAAAGUGAACAAAAAUAUAGAAAAGGGAAAAUGAACAGAGAACAUGGGAAAAGCGUCAAUGAUAUCUAUGAAAAUGACGUUACAAAAGAUAAUUUUGGAAAAAGGACCACAGACAGUCACACAACGAGAAUCCAGUCAUCUGAACUCACAGGAAGUGAUGAUGUGACGAUCAGAUACUCCAGAGCAGCUGCAGUAGUGUUUGUGCUGCUGUGUGUUCUUCUGCUGACUGCACGCAUAAUACUGUGUGCCACCUUCACUCAAGAGAGACAACAGCUACUAACUAAGAUCACCAACCUCACAGAAGAGAGAGACCACCUACAAACCAACAAUAUGAACCUCACAGAAGAGAGAGACCAGCUGAAAUCAGAAAGAAAUGAACUUCAGAAGUGUUUUGCGGAUGGAUGGAAGUGCCAUCAAUCCAGUCUUUACUUCAUUUCCUCUGAGAUUAAGAACUGGACUGAGAGCAGAAAUUACUGUACAGACAGAGCAGCAGAUCUGAUCAUCAUCAACAACACAGAGGAACAAGAUUAUGUGAAGAACUUUUCUGGUGGUUCUGAUCGUUUCUGGAUUGGUCUGACUGAUAUUGAAGUGGAGCGCAGAUGGAAAUGGGUUGAUGGCAGCACACUUACCUCUGAGUUCUGGGCGCCUGGAGAGCCAAACAAUAUUCAGGGAAAAGAGGAAGACUGUGCUCUGAAUUAUUCAGCAGGAUGGGCGGAUUAUCCAUGUGAUUAUAUGUCUAAAUGGAUCUGUGAGAAGAGUGUUCUUAAAUGACAUCUGAAUGUGAAAAACAACAGCGAUGUUUCUACAGACUGAAAAAAAUAUCAGUAAUACACUGAUAUAAUAGAAAUGUUCACACAAACAGCAUUGUUCCAAUACUCUUCACCAAAAUUAUCAUAAUUUUAGUUUUAUUAUUCAGGACAUCAGUAAAGUUUAUUUUGAACUGUGACUCUUUGUAAUUUCUUGCAGCUUUUUGUAACAACUACAUUAUGACAAUAAACCUACUUGACGGUGA